GGUGGGCGGGGCGUGCGGGCGGGCGGGAGCCGCACCUGCGGCCGCGCGGGGGCGGGAGCCAGGUGCCCGCGGCGAUCCCGCCGGCCCCGGCGCGGAGCAGGAAGUGGCCUCGGCAGGGCGCGCCUCCUCCGCGGCGCCGGGCGGAGCGGAGGGGCCGGGAGGCUGCCGGAGCCUGAGCCCGCGCGCCGGGAGCGAGCCCCAAUGGCCGCCGCCUCCCCUGCGGUGGACGAGCUGUCCCGGAACUUCACCUACUGGGCGCCGGGCGCCGCCAAUGGCUCCCUGUCGGGCGCGUGGUACCGCAGGAACCAGACUCACCUGUUGGGAGUUUUGCUAGCCAUUUUAGGAAAUUUGGUAAUGAGUAUUUCCCUAAAUAUUCAGAAAUAUUCUCAUGUCCAGUUGGCUCACCAGGAACACCCAAGGCCCUACUUCAAGAGCACGUUGUGGUGGGCUGGGGCUGCCCUCAUGGCUGUGGGCGAGAUGGGCAACUUCGCCGCCUAUGGAUUUGCUCCCAUUACUCUCAUCGCCCCAUUAGGCUGUAUGUCUGUCACAGGUAGCGCCAUUAUUUCUGUUAUGUUUCUGAAAGAAAACUUAAGAGCUUCAGAUUUACUAGGUAUGACAUUGGCAUUUGCGGGAACAUAUUUAUUGGUGAACUUUGCUCCAGAUAGAAAUCAGUCAAUCUCUGCAAGAACAGUCCAGUAUUACUUUGUUGGAUGGCAGUUCCUGAUCUAUGUGAUUUUAGAAAUAUUAAUUUUCUGCACUCUGCUGUAUUUCCACAAGAGAAAGGGAAUGAAGCACAUGGUGAUUCUGCUAACCCUGGUGGCACUUCUAGCCUCGCUGACUGUUAUUUCGGUAAAAGCCGUCUCGGGCAUGAUCACUUUUUCUGUGACGGAGAAAACGCAGCUAACUUAUCCCAUCUUCUAUAUCAUGUUUAUCAUCAUGAUUGCAUCUUGUGUUUUCCAAGUCAAGUUCCUGAGUCAAGCCACAAAGCUCUACGACACAACAAUGGUGGUGCCGGUCAACCAUCUUUUCUUUACGACCAGUGCCAUUACUGCAGGUAUCAUAUUUUAUCAGGAGUUCCAUGGUGCAGCUUUUCUAACUGUAUUUAUAUAUAUUUUUGGGUGUUUUCUAUCAUUCCUUGGUGUGCUUUUGGUCACAAGAAAUCGAGAAAAGGAGCAUCUGCCACAGUCCUACAUUGAUUUUGGAAAUAUUCCGGGGAAACAAAUGUUGGACAAAAUACAGCCAGAUUCAAAUGGCUUAUCCUACGGAACCCUGCCUGAUGGAAGUGACUCAACAAAGAGCCAAAGUGGAGAGAAGAAAGAGGUCUGAGCUGCCAAGAGGGAUGGCCACUGGCCUGUUAUUCGAUCCCCCCCUUUAAAAACCCUCCCCUUGUGUCCCAGCUAGGUCGCGCUGAUGUGCGCAAGCAUCACCAUCCCCCUGCCCUCAACACCACCUCCGUCUGCACGGACAGCUGGGGCCUUCCUAAGCUUUGACAGUCUCAUGUCUUCACAGAAGGGGAUUUGAAGUGUUCCCACACUCUGGAUGUCCCCCCUCGUGAACAUCGACCCAGCUAGAUCUUAAUUAGAGCCUGGCUUCCUGAGCAGGACCAUCACACAAAAAUGUGCGUUCACGAUUUGGCUACAGAACACACACAGGCUGCUUUUCCCACACAACUUUGAGCGUCGGCUGCUUGGCUUUAGAGACACGUUCAUCCCCCAACCUCGCUCCUGUACCAAGGGUUUGAGAGGAUCCGUUUCUCCUACGACGUCUUUUAUGAGCCUCCCCCGUAAGGAUCUCACCUUUCUAGUCCUGAGUUAGAACGGUGAAUCAUCUUUUUCUGAAAAUGAGCCCUGUUCUAACUGCCCUUUGAAAAUUAAGACUAUCUUCAAAAUGAGAGUCUGUAAGUGGCCUUCCGUGAUGUGUAUACCUUGACUGGUAAACUUUUUCAAAUGAAGAAAGAACAGUUUAAGAAUUAAGACCAGUUUUUCAAAAAAUAUAGAAUGAUGAGCAUUUUUUCAGCUACAUGAUCUGAUCAUACUUGAAUUGAGACUGAAAACUUCAUCUCCUAUGCCAGUAUUUCUGUGGGUCUUAUGACUUACCUAGCAGGUUUACUGUACGUUUUAACUCUUGACGCAAGUCUCAAAAAUUGUAUUUAAGUUCUAAGUGUUAUUUUCACGAGCACACCAUUUCCUCCCCCAAGUUAUUAUCCCAAGCUUUAAAUAUUCUUCUAGGCAAGAGUACAGCUAUGAGUAGAGAAUUGGAUUUUAGCCAUUUAAGUCUGUAGAUGUAGCCAGAUGGCCCAACCUGCGUCUAGAGAGGAAGGCCAUGUGCUCCUGGACCUGAAUGGCUUUUCUGCUGUGACCGGUCACUUAUCUACCAAGAUUCAUUUGCAGAUAGAGUUCAUAAUCCUAUAUGUUAGUUAUGAUCUACUAAUAUAUUUAAAUGACAAGAAAAGAGCUAGCCUUUAUGGUAAACAACAUCAAGUCAGAAGCCCUAUCCUUAAUGACAUGUCAAAAGCUUCCCCUCACUUCUGAUGUGCCAGUCCAAGGCUCUUCCAACCAGCUGUCUUACAUUUGUGAAGGUUGUAUAACUCUGAGCUAUCGACACUGUAAUCUUAACUGCUUUGGGUCUUUGAGCAUUGUUCUUUGUCAUAACCUAUAGUGCUGGCCAAACUGAGCCACAAAGGCGAGAUUCGAAUCCAUCGCCAAUGUAUGAAUAAUAACCUAGAGCCCAUGUCUGGCUUUUGAACUCCGCUAUUGUGGAAUGUAUCCCCUAAUUCAAAUAAAGCAGUCAUAUAAUUUAUGGCAUGUUUUAUUGAAUUGGUCCAACAUGUUGGCACUGGAAGGCUCUGCUAAGAAAUGCGUCUGGUGUCUUAAACUGCAGAUUUUUGAUGACUCUCAAAACUGGUUUCAAAGAUGGCAAAAAUAUUUAGACUAAAGAGUUUCACUUGAAGUAGGACUACACUUAUAGCUACAGCACGUGGUUUUGAGCAUUGUAGAAUUUUGUGCUGACACAAGUGUGAUGCCAAUAUUUUAGUAGUUGCCAACAUUUGCAUCUUUUAAAAGUUUUGAGAAAUGACAUCCACUUAUGCACUUUCAAACAAUCCAGCAGUGUUUUAGAAGUCCAGGCAACAUAUAAAAUAUAUUGAGACCUAAUUUUACUUUCCAUACUGCUUCUUCAAAGCAAGGUGAAGAGGAGUUUUAGUUGUACUAGCUCAUAAGAUUUUUUAAAUUACAAAGUGCAUGACAACCACCAAAGCCAACCCAGUACUUCUCUUGGCAUUGUGAAUUGGGGACCUUUAGCCAACAACUUGACUCAUUGGACUAUUUGUCUAGACCAGGGCUCUGCAAAAUUUUCCUGUAAAGACACAGAGAAUAAAUAUUUUUAGGCUUAUUGGCCAGUGUUGCCUGUCACAACUACUCAACUCUGUCAUUCUAGCAUGAAAGCCAACACAGCCAAUAUGUAAACGAACAAGCAUGGCUGUAGGCCAGUAAAGUUUUAUUUACAAAAACAGGUGGUCAGCCCUAGGACUGUAGUUUGCCAAUCCCUGAUCUAGAUUCCUUCUCUUGCCAUGCAAUUUUGUUCUUGCUCCUUGGGCAUUCAGGAGUUGAAAAGGUGACACUUCGUGAUUCAUGACAAACAAGGAUACUAUGGGAUUGUGGAGCUGUGUCUUGAUAUUUACAUUAGGAUCCUGUUGUUUACAUAAGAUACAGAUGAGUUUGUUUCUCUUGUAAACAAUGGUUCAGAGGUACCUGGGUGGCUCAGUGGGUUAGGUGUCUGCCUUUGGCUCCGGGCAUGAUCCCAGGGUCCUGGGAUGGAGCCCCAUGUUGGGCUCCCUGCUCAGCGGAUGGGGAGCCCACUUCUCCAUCUCCUCCCUGCUCAUGCUCUCUCUCAAACAAAUAAAUAAAAUCUUAAAAAAAAAAAAAGCAAAACAGUGAUUCUUUUGUGAGCACCCUUGCCUAUAUUGGAAGAGCCUUUCCAAUCCCACAUUCCAAGUUGAUAAUAGCUUCGGAAAUGAGUACUAAUGACCUCUCAUUAAAGCAGAGGACUUUACUACCCAAUUGUUUUCAGUUUAAGUGUUUGCUUGUUCUAUACCCAUAAUACUUUCACUACCAGAAUCACUUGG